CUUAUACUGCUGACAGAGCUGGGGAGGCCAAAAAAAGCCUGGGGUGCAAGCCAACAGUGGGAGCUCAAGGAAGACUGGGGAGCAAGAAGGAUCACCGCUGAAAUGGCCUCCAAACUCAUGGAUCUGGUGUAUUGGAGGAACAUGAGGUGGACGGGUGUGGUAUUUACGGGGCUGGUGAUGGGCCUGGCCAGCCUCUUCCAGCUGAGUGCCAUCACUGUGCUUUCUCAUGUUUGCUUGGGUAUCAUGUGCCUCACCGCUGCUUUCCGUCUUUACUAUAAACUUCUGGAAGUGCUGCGCUGGAACCCUGGUGUCCACCCCUUUCAGUCAUAUCUGGAUUACGACAGCUCACUGACUGAUAAGGAGACUGUGAUGCUGGUUGAAGAGGUGGUGCUGUUGAUUGCAUUUGCCGUCACAGAGAUGAAACGGCUUCUCUUCAUCGAGAACAUGAUCGACACUAUUAAGUUUGUAUUGCUCCUCUAUCUGCUGACGUAUGUGGGCAUCGCCACCAACGGGCUGACUCUGAUUAUAGCUGCUGUCAUUGCGGUUUUCUCCCUUCCUCUGCUAUACAAAAAACAACAGGUCCGGAUAAGGAAGGUGGUCAGAGCUUUCAGAGCAUUUGUAAAGAAAAUCAGAAAUCUGUUUGACCGUCUGUAUGCGUUGGUGAGACCCUCUUCUCCCCCUGCCUCCAAACCUGCAGCCCCAGCUACUCCUGUCAUCAAACAGAAAUCCAAGUCAAAGUAACAUUGUCGUUGCACACCGAAGGAAUUUGGGAUUUAGAAAAUGUUGGAAGGGUUCAUCCUCUGUGGGGCCGUCGGUGGGGCUCAUUUCCAUCCCUCCACCGUGAUUGUUUAUGGGAGCAAGAUUUAAUUGAAGCUGACAGCAGAAACAAAGCUGCCAUUCACACAGAGAAGACGGAGGAGCUGAGGAUGAAGUAGGAAAUUUUAUUUACUGAGAUACUCUCUGUGGGCAACUUUAAUGUUACUAGUUGGCACGGUCAUUUUUCUACAUGCGAUGAGAACAUAUACGUGUCCUGUAAAUCUUUUUGUUCAAGUGUUUUUUUACGUUAUCAAUAAACACCAGGUUCACACUGAACUGCAGUACAUAACAAAACAGCUAAUUAUCACUGCUUCUGUGUUUAGAGCCUUUAAUGCCUGCCAAGUACAAUAAAAAUAACAUUAUUACUUGC